AUGAUGGCCCCACGAUCUCUCCUGGCUCUGGCCGCCGUGAUCAGUGCCGUCUGCGCCGUCGCUGCUCCUGCCGAGGAAUGGGAGGUGGCCUUGCUCAAGCGUCAGGAGCCGGGCACCCCGUUAUACGCCUGCCACUCCUCUUGUGGAACUGCCGUGACUCAGAGUCGAGGAGCCAACGCAUGUACCGACACGGCCUUCCAAAACGACUAUGCGGCGUGUCUGGCCUGUGCCGGCCCCAACAACCAGAACAUCUGGAUCUACUACGGGAACACUCUCAGCGCUGCCGGAACCCGCUGCGGGCUUUCGACUACGCCUGCUUCCUCGGUAGAGCCUACACCUGAGGAGCCAGCGGCUGCGGCUCCGGCUUCGGCUCCGGCCCCGUCUCCGUCUCCAUCUCCGUCUCCGUCUCCGUCGUUGACCUCUACCCCAGAGCCAGUAAGCCCUCCCGCCGAUGACGACUCAACUCCUUCCGUUGAUGCCGUCUCGCCUCCCCCCGCCGAUGACGACUCAACUCCUCCCGUCGAUGCCGUCUCGCCUCCUCCCGUUGAUGCCGUCUCGCCUCCUCCCGUCGAUGCCGUCUCGACUCCUCUCGCCCCCACGCCCACCCUCGUCUCCAGCGCCUACAUACCUUACUCGACCGGCGCCUCUCCCCCUAGCUCCAAUGGCACUAAUAUGGUCUUUACCGGUGCUGCUGCCGCUGCCAGCGGAGGACGGGGGUAUCUUGCUGCUGUGGUGGCCUUGGUUGCUGGUGCCGCCUUUGCUGCAAUUGCUUUUUAG